AUACGUUGAUAUGUUAAACAAAUUGUUGGGAAGAAAAAUUAGAGGCGAGAAGUGAAAAUGGGUGUCGGCUUUAGGGUUGAUGUUGAGCAACAAGUCUUAAAAUAGAAAUAGAAAUAGCAGUAGUCUUGCUCGCCUCGACUGAGUGACUGACUCUGAAUCAAAUCCCUUUUUCAUUUGAGGUUUUCAAGCAUUAGAAUGAUUGCUGAUUAAUCGGGUUUUCUUUUCUGCUUAUUUAUUUCUGCAACUUUUACUAUGAUGCUUCUCUUCUACUGGAGCUGCAGACCCUACAAUUUCGUGUGCGAUGGGCCACAUGGACCAGUACGAGAAAGUUGAGAAGAUUGGUGAAGGAACCUAUGGCGUUGUUUAUAAGGCUCGCGACCGCAUCACCAAUGAAACAAUCGCUUUGAAGAAGAUUCGCUUGGAGCAGGAAGACGAAGGUGUACCUAGCACUGCCAUCAGAGAAAUUUCUCUCUUGAAAGAAAUGCAACAUGGAAAUAUCGUUAGGUUGCAGGAUGUAGUGCAUAGUGAGAAGCGCUUGUAUUUGGUUUUCGAAUAUCUGGACUUGGAUUUGAAGAAGCACAUGGAUUCAUGCCCAGAAUUUGGGAAAGAUCCACGAAUGAUAAAAACAUUCCUUUAUCAAAUUCUUCGUGGCAUUGCUUAUUGUCAUUCUCAUAGGGUACUUCACCGAGAUCUAAAACCACAAAAUUUGCUGAUAGAUCGCAGUACCAAUGCACUAAAGCUUGCUGAUUUUGGGCUGGCCCGAGCAUUUGGUAUUCCUGUCAGAACAUUUACACAUGAGGUGGUUACCCUGUGGUACAGGGCACCAGAAAUACUGCUUGGAUCCCGCCAUUACUCUACUCCAGUUGAUGUGUGGUCAGUGGGCUGUAUAUUUGCUGAGAUGGUAAACCAGCGGCCUUUAUUUCCUGGGGAUUCUGAGAUUGAUGAACUGUUCAAGAUCUUCAGAAUUUUGGGUACUCCAAAUGAGGAUACGUGGCCUGGAGUGAUUUCAUUGCCUGAUUUUAAGUCUGCUUUUCCAAAGUGGCCGCCUAAGGAUUUGGCAACUGUUGUUCCCAAUCUUGAAUCAGCUGGCAUUGACCUCCUCUCUAAAAUGCUGCGCAUGGAUCCCAGCAAAAGAAUUACAGCAAGAAGUGCGCUUGAGCAUGAAUACUUCAAGGAUAUUGGGUUUGUACCCUAAUACCUUCUUUCCAUGUUCCUAAAAAGUGUGUGUAAAUUUGUAGAAUUUUGUGGGUUUUGAUUGUGAGAAAUACAUGUGGUCUAUUAUAUUUUUCUUUUGUUUUUGCUCAUUACAAAUUUUUUGUUUUCCUCUUUCAAUUUCCGAGGACCAAAUUUACAUUAAAUAGAACUGGUUUUGUUGCAGUCACCUUGGAAUCGUCUAGCAAUAUCAUAUGGUCGUAGUAUCUCUUUCCAAUGUCUGUCUUGUGUGUUUGUUUGCCUCAUAAGGUAGUGAAUCCCAUGGCUUUGAUUUUGCUUUUCGUAAAACACAUUUCACGUACCAUCCUCAUUUAGUUUAGUUAAAAAGAAUGGUAUAUCUGUGGCUUGAGUGGGAAUUCAGUUUCAUAUGAAUGGCACUAAAACCAUGUGUGAAUAAUCUACUUUUGGAUGUUAUUAUGGGUGCUAUCCUAUCCUUUAUUUAGCCGUAUGGAAUGCUAGGCCAAUUUAGCAUAAUAGUAAUAAUGAUGUUUGGGCGAAAACAAGAGAUGGGAUGAAUGCAUUGCUGUUACUGGUGCGAGCUGUGAGGUUUAU